UCUCUCCAAAGGCAUCCGACAGGUGGACUCAUAAGUCAUGUCGGUCUUGUACCCGUCACUCGAAGACAUGAAGGUGGAUCAGGUCCUGAAGGCUCAGAGUAAUGCAGCCCCAAAGCCACUUCCUUCUCCAGUGACCUCUUCGGCGUCGGUUCCUGGAGCCACUGAAUUGCCCAAAGCAACUGACCCACCGGUUUUGUACCCAAAUCUCACUGACCUCAAUGAUUACAUGGGACUCUCUCUGUCCAGCGAAGAGGUCCAGAAGAAUCUGGUGCUUGCCCCAGCAAACAGCAAUGCGGAGGCUGUGGCGUCGUCUGCGCACAGCCUGACCGUCGCUCCGGUGACGGGAAGUGACUUGGGCUUGCGCCGGGCAGAGAUCAAACCGGGCCUGCGGGAGGUCCAUCUCUGCAAGGAUGAGCGUGGGAAGACGGGGCUGAAGCUGCGAAACAUCGAUAAGGGCUUGUUUGUGCAGCUGGUCCGGGCCCACUCUCCGGCCGCUCUGGUGGGGCUGCGCUUUGGGGAUCAGCUCCUCCAGAUUGAUGGGAAGGAUUGCACGGGCUGGAACAUGGACAAAGCGAAGCGCGCGCUGAAGAAGGCCUCCCCGGAGAAGAUUGUCCUGGUGGUUCGCGACAGGCCUUUCCAGCGCACAGUGACGAUGCACAAAGACAGCACCGGCCACGUUGGCUUCAUCAUCAAAAGGGGGCAGGUCAAAUCUCUCGUCAAAGGCAGCUCUGCGGCCCGGAACGGCCUCCUCAUCAACCAUUACAUCUGCGAGGUGAACGGGCAAAAUGUCAUCGGCCUCAAGGACAAGGAAAUCACAGGUAUCCUGAUGAACGCCGGCCGCAGCAUCACUCUCACCAUCAUCCCCUCCGUGAUCUAUGAGCACAUGGUCAAAAAGCUUUCGAGUGGGCUAGUGAAAUCUUCAAUGGAUCAUUCAGUCCCUGAUGCUUAAAACAGCUGAGAACGUCCAUCCCCCUCUUUUCUGGCACGAAAUACACCACGGACUCCACCAGAAUGACUCUUGGGAGUUGUCCUCGCUCUCCUCAGAGGCUAUUUGGAGGUGAAGAAAGACAAAACCCUUCCUGACAGCUUGGUUAAUUCCUUGAGGACUGUGAGAUUUCCCAGCGAAGGGUGAGAUUGACUCAAGGUUGAGUUUUGGGGACCUGUGCAACCAUCUUACCAUUCUAUUGCACCUUGCUAGAGAAGAUAAAUUAACCUGACAAGUGUCUAUCCCUCUUGCAUGGGGACCGGAAGCAGCCGAUUCCCUAGUCUACGCAG